UGGUCCAUCGAUCCCGCAUGGGUCCGUGAGAUGAAAGCAGUGGGAGAGCACAUGGUUCCACACAAGCUCAAGUGUCCCAGCAAAUGGAUACCGGAGGCAAAGUACAGUGGCGAUAAGCAGUGCAACAUACGCAUCGUAGACCAUUUCGUCGUAGACAAAACUCCGAUGCCGUAUGAAAGAACCCCUGCUCCUCCUCCUCGCUCCCCGGUUUCGCGAGCCCCUCUGCCCGGAGCACUGGGUUCGCAAAGUCCUGCUGCUGCGGCUGCUGCGGCUAAUGCGGCUAAUGCUUCCCCCGCAACAUCCCGGUUUGCUCCUCCCCGGACUGCUGGCAUUAAAGUAGACGCUGCUGCUGCUGCUGCUGCUGACAUCGCCGCAUCUCCAACUGCGGACAUCACGGCAAGACCUGCGCCUGUAUCGGAACCAGCGUCUGGUCCGGGUGCUGGGGCUCCUGUGGCUGCUUCUACAGAACCAGAAGAACAUAUUCAGCGCCUUCGCACAGACAAAGUGCACUUUCAAGAGCAGGACGAGAGGAAGUCCUUGUCGCUCAUUGGUUAUUCCUCUUGCAGUGAAAAGAGGUGUGCUGCGGCUGCAGGCCUUGCUGCACUUGGUGCAAGCGGUGUGGUGAGCUCUCAACCUGUCUCACCCCCAGCUAGCCAUCAUCCAGGAUUGCCUCCUCCAAAGUCGCCAAAAAGACGGCCCACGGGCAGACCGAAAGUUGCAAUGCCUUCUUCCUCCUCGAGGACAUCGUCACCCUACCGUCAAGACCUACGUGGUGUGCCAGUCAGUGUGGGAUCAGGAGCACAAGCAGGAGCGAUUCCAUCUUCCUCUUCUUCUUCUUCUUCUUCUUCUUCUUCUUCUUCUUCUUCUUCUUCUUCUGCUUUGGCUUUGCCAACCACUUCUUCUUCAUUGCCUCAUCAUAUUCGCCAUCAUCAUCCAAUUGCAAGAGAGCAUCAUGAUAUUCAUCGUCACCCCCCGUUAUCGCCACACGGCAUCCCAGAGCACAAGAAAGAAGCCCCGGCCACCUCCACCGGCAACCGUGGCUCUCCCGGCCUGUAUGCUCCGAGAGGGACAGUUCUGCCUCAUUGCAACAGCGACGACUGUCCGUCCUGUUCCAGACGUAACAGGUUCAGCAGGCUCCGGCUUACUCGCAUUCUUUCUCAGGUCAUCCUUGAGCAAGUCAUACGGGGAACGGAAGGAGGUGGAGACUCAGUUUCGCGCUUCCUCAGCGGCCGGGGCGCCGAUGACGACGAUUCUGAUGACGAUGGCGAUAGUACUCAGAAUGCGGCGCAUCCUGAAACGGAUAAGAAUGACAAUGAUGAUGCUGGUGGUGGUGGUGAUGAUGAUGAUGAUGAUGAUGACGAUGACGACGACAAUGAUGACGGAUAUGAUUAUCAGGAAGGAGACAGGCGGCAAGGGGCACGAAGGUGGUCUUUUUCCCGUAGGUUUCCUUGGUACGGUUCGAAAGCAAGGAUGCACAAGGGAAAGUGAAAAGUUCUGAAAACAUUAACUGAAAAUUUGAAAAUUUCAAAAAAAGAGCCAUCACUUUUCAAAUGUGUUAAAGUGAACAGGAAAAGCCUCACUUUCCCUUAGGGGUUGAUAUGAAAUUUGAACCUCACCUUAGGAAGUUUCAAAUUUUGAAAUUUGAACCUCACUUUCAGGGGUUUAUAAAAUCUGACCCCUGAACCUGAGUCUCUCCAUCUUGCGCGAAUCCAACCAUACACACCCUGCGUCCAGAUACAAUAUUAUGAG